CGCAGCAGCAGCGCUCGCCCGCUCUCCGGGGCCGGCGCGGAGCGGAGAUGGUGCCGCCGCUGCGGAGCGCCGGGGGCUCCCACCAGUGGCUGGCCAUCGUCUUCCUCGGCCUUUGCUGGUUCCUUCCUCCCGGGAGAUUGGCCGCGCCGGGCGGAGACUUCCCGGGCUCAGCCGUGGACAAUCUGGUGGUCAGGAAAGGGGACACGGCCGUGCUGAGGUGCUACCUGGAAGAUGGAGCCUCCAAGGGGGCCUGGCUGAACCGCUCCAGCAUCAUCUUCGCGGGCAGCGACAAGUGGUCGGUGGACCCGCGCGUGUCCAUCGCCACGGCCAACCGCAGGGAGUACAGCCUGCAGAUCCAGGACGUGGAUGUGACCGACGAUGGCCCCUACACCUGCUCCGUGCAGACCCAGCACACGCCCAGGACCAUGCAGGUGCACCUCACCGUGCAAGUCUCUCCCAAGAUAUUCCGGAUCUCCAGCGACAUCGUGGUGAACGAGGGCAGCAACGUCACCCUGGUGUGCCUGGCCACGGGGAAACCAGAGCCCUCCAUCUCCUGGAGACACAUCUCCCCCUCCGCCAAGCCCUUUGAGAGUGGGCAGUACCUGGACAUCUAUGGGAUCACCAGGGACCAGGCUGGGGAGUACGAGUGCAGCGCCGAGAACGACGUCUCGGUCCCGGACGUGAGGAAAGUCAAAGUCACAGUGAACUUUGUCCCCACAAUUCAGGAACUUAAAUCCAGCGGUGUGAUGCUUGGAGGGAACGGCCUGAUCCGCUGCGAAGGUGCAGGAGUGCCUGCCCCGCUCUUUGAGUGGUACAAAGGAGAGAGGAAACUGAUCAAUGGUCAACAAGGAAUCACUAUUAAAAAUUAUAGUACGAGAUCCCUUCUUACUGUUACCAAUGUGACAGAAGAGCACUUUGGCAACUAUACUUGUGUCGCUGCCAACAAGCUAGGGACGACCAAUGCCAGCCUGCCUCUCAACCAAAUUAUUGAGCCUACUACCUCUAGUCGUGUCUCAAGCCCAGCUCCCAGCACAGCCCAGUACGGCAUCACCGGGCACGCCGAGGUGCUCUUCUCCUGCUGGUCCCUGGUGCUGACGCUCUCCUCCCUCAGCAGCAUAUUCUACCUGAAGAACAUCCUUCUGCACUAAAUGUAAAGACCCAUAAAAGGCUUUUAAGGAUUCUCUGAAAGUGCUGAUGACUGGAUCCAAUCUGGUAGAGUUUGUUAAAAGCGGCGUGGGAUAUAAUCAGUGCUUACAUGGGGAUGAUCGCCUUCUGUAGAAUUGCUCAUUAUGUAAAUACUUUAAUUCGACUCCUUUUCUUUGAUUAGCUGCAUUACCUUGUGGAACAGUACACAUUGUCCUUUUCUAAGACGUGAGAACUCUGAAAUUACUUUUAGAGGAUAUUAAUUGUGAUUUCAUGUUUGUAAUCGACAAGUUUUCAGAAGCAUUCAGUCAUGGUCUGCUGACUUGCAGACUGUAGUUUACAAAAAAAGGAUAUUGCAGUAAAAAUGUGCUUCUUUAAGGCUGCAAUACAAACAUUCAGUUCCCUUCUCAACUAGCAUUCUAUCCAAACUUACACGAAAAACAUUCGUUCUUUUUUGAGUUUAAAAAAAAAAAAAUCGAAUAAUAUUGCCUUCAAAAUAUUUCUUCAAAAUAUGACACAUAUCUAGAUUUUCUUCUAGCAUGAUAUUCAGGUUCCAAGAAUGAGCCUUGUACUAUAACUGCAUUGCGCAGUGCCGCUUUCGUUCUCUUCCCUCCCUCCUGCCAGUUCAGCAUGGUUGUGCCUUCACGAAACACGACACUCCUCUUCCUCUCCAACCGGUCUGGAAUGUGUUCUGGGAAAGGCUGGAGCAUCCUUUUGAGCCCAAGAGAUGUCUGGGUGAGGCAGAGGUGCCCGGGCUGCCAGGGAAGGCUCCUCUGCCCCUGCAGGAGCUGCUCCAGGGGCAGGGCUCAGCUCCAGGGCAGCACUAGUCCCUUUUGUCCCUCCCUCCCUCCCUCCACCACUGAGCAGUAGGUGACCUCUGUAAAAACGACAUUUCCCCUUAGGAAAUAGAGCUCCAACGAUUUUGUGGCACCUUUUGAAUGUCAGAAUGUUCCCCCAAAUUCCCCCCUGGCUGUAAAUGUCAGGGUCGUCCCUUUUGUAUUGCUGGCAAAGCCAACGUGAAUUGGUAUUUUUCUUGCACUCAAUUUUGUACUGGUUUGGCUGAUUUAGCAAUGAUAAAGGAUGCUUUGAACCAUGA